AUGCAUUCUGGUCCUGUUGUUGGCAUGGCGUGGGCUGGUAAAGAUGUUAUCAAGACGGGUAGAAGAAUGCUCGGCGAGACCAAUCCUUUAGCCUCUGCUCCUGGUACAAUUCGUGGUGAUUUCGGUAUCGACGUAGGCCGUAACAUUUGUCAUGGCUCAGACUCCAUUGCAUCUGCAGAACGCGAAAUCAAGUUGUGGUUUCCAAAGGGGAUCCCUGAAUACGAAAAUACGCGUACUUACCAACAAUGGAUCUACGAAAACUAG